AUGAAGAUUGACUUUGUCCUUACUUGCCGCUUCCGAUCGAGCGCGCCAUGGACAGCUGGCGCGACGGCGCGCGGACAUGGAGGAUCGGAUCCAGGUCGCAAAAGAGCACGAAUGGCAGAGGAGGACCAGGCGGACGAAUUCUCUGUGCUGAAUCCGAACUCGGCCAAGCUCAGCGAGAUGAUUCUCGACCAGAAGUUGAACGGCACGCUGGACCAAGGCGUUGGUGUUCUCAUCGUCUACGACGAGGAGCAGGUCAGCUCCACGUACGAGAAUUCGCUCAAGACGAUCAAGAACACUGCAGAGGUGUUGGACACCCUCUACGCUCAAGCGAAGCAGCUCACAUAA